UAUUCUGUUUGGUGAUAUGAUAAAUGGUAGCUUAUAUUUAUUAAACAUAGAGCUGUAUCUAAAAACCUGAAAUUGUAUAAAUGAUAUGUUAAAAAAAAAAAAAAACAAAAACACCAUUCUUGAAACAAUGUGAAAUCCUAUAUGCUUAGGUAGGAUGAAAAACCCCAUUUCCUUUUAAAGCAUCAACACACUGCCAGCCCAAACUUCACGUGCCAAGUCACAAGUUCAUAAAAAAUUCUCCUGAGCGAAUUUUAAACUGCUGAUGGUGCAUGUGAAAGAUCAGGUCUGAAAACCAUGCACAAGAAUAAAACCCUUGUUGCAAGAUAGCAGCAUUGAUGAGUUGAGGGGAGGGAGCAAAACACUUCCAGAUCCAUAGAAGGCACACAUUGUUCUGCUCCCAAAAAGGAAAUAUUAAUUUCAGUGCACAUUUUUGGAGUGCCAUUAGGAUGACACACAUAAAGCCUUACCCUUGCCUUUGCCCUGCUCCCAAGUUAAUUCUUUUCCAGAUGCCUUUUAUUUUUUAAGAAAGAGGUUGCAGAUGAGUUUCUGAGGGGAGUGAAAGAAAUGGGUUAAGAUAAAACUUCAAAGAGAGGAAGCAUGGCUGAAAAGAAAUUUACAGAGGUGCUGCAGGCAGCUAAUUCUUUAGUCCUGUAAUAUUUUAAGCUGCACUACCUUGGUGCAGGUACUGAAAGAAGUGGUCUCAUUCUCACCAACCAUUUGAUGUCUUUUUCCCACACACUUUGCUACUAUCACUCUUGGCAUUUGUUUGGUGAUUUCUUCUGGCAAGUCAGUCUUCAGCAGCACCAUUUCCCCAGUCAAGCACAGACACCCAACACUGAUGAUGAGAAACAAAGCAACAGCAGCAGCAGCUGAAGGCACUGAGGAGACUGGCACCAUACUUUUCAAAGGCUGUGCCAACUUCUGUCAGGCUAAAAUGCUUGUGAAACCGAGGUGUGCCUGUUCUCAGAAGCACCAGGGAAUGUUCUAGAAACAGCCCUUGGUUCCAUCCCUUUGUUGUCCCAGCAAUCUGAUCCAGAACCCUCCUUAACAUACAGGAUAAAGGGCAAAUAAAGGAGCAGGGUUUGUUUUAUUCUGGGUGUUCUGCCUGCUCAGUUAUGGCUGCUUCCAGGCAGUGGUUUUCGGGCUGCAGAGGGUUUUGCCAGCUGGCUCUGAUCCCGAAGGCUGGCAGCGGACCUGCAGCCCCCCUGGCUGCUGUGGCUCCCCCUGCCAGCAGAGUAGGGGCAGCUUAGACACCACCCACAAAAGGGGCGCUCACCCAUCCAUAGGUAAAAUACAGCAGGCUGGAUUACUUUGUACUGAGGAUGUAGUUUUGUCUCGCUUAGGAGCUACAGGGGUAUUUUCCGCCCUGUAGCUGCCUCGCUGUAAUCCAAGCAGAUUCUCCCAGUAAAUCACUGAGCUGUGCGCGCGGAGCACUGCCGGACUCCUGCGCAGAGCACCCAAGGAGUUUUGGGAGGUCUUUCCCACAGAGUUUCCUCAGAGGGGCAUGGAGAGGGAGGCGCUCAUCCCUUCUCUCCGGCCUCCAGCCGUAGCACACGAGGGGAUGCUCUAAAGCCGCCUUGGGGCAAGUUCAGGUUGGAUAUGAGGGAAACUCCUCAAGGAGAAAGUGGGAAUCCUGCAUGGGAAUCACAGAAUCGAUUUUUUUUUCCAAUCCAAUAAGGUUUGGAAGGCACCUUUGGAGAUCACCAGUCCAACUCCCUGCCCAGGCAGGGUCACCUGGAGCCGGUGACACGGGAACGUCCUCAGGUGGGUCUGAAUGUCUCUUGAGAGGGAGACUCCACAACCUUCCUGAGCAGCUGUUCCAGUGCUCUGCCACCCUCAGCUUAAAAUAUUCUCCCUCGGGUUGGCGAACUUCUCGUCUUUUAGUCUACGGCUCUUGCUCCUCGUCCUGUCUCAAGGCACCAGCGACAUGAGUCGGACGCCAUCCCUCUGGCACCCGCCCGCGAACGGCUCCCCGGGCAGCGGGGGGAGACCCAAGCCCUCAGGAGCCGCAGUAGCACUGGGGUUCCAUUUCCCUCACUCCCUGCGGGAAUGCCGGGGCGGGGCCGCCCGUGACGGCUGCGGAAGAGGCGUCACAGAGAGGCGGUACCGUCCCCCCGCGGAGGAAGGACGGGCUGCAAGAUGGCGGCGCCGGAGGAGCGGCUCGUGUCGGAGGGCGAAGGCGGCGCCCCGGGCUCGGCGCGGCUCUCCCCGGCCCCGCUGCCGGAGGCUGCCGAGCCGCUGGCGCCCAUGGAGCCGCCACCUCAGAGCAACACGCUCAUGGGGCUGCCCAUCGUGGCUAUCGAGAGCAUCCUGAGCUUCCUGUCCUACGAUGAGACGAGCCAGCUGCGCUUGGUUUGUAAGCGAAUGGACUUGGUUUGCCAGAGAAUGUUAAAUCAGGGAUUUCUGAAAGUGGAAAGAUACCACAACUUGUGUCAAAAGCAAGUUAAAGCUCAACUUCCAAGACGGGAGUCAGAAAGGAGAAACCAUUCAUUAGCUCGCCAUGCAGACAUCCUCGCUGCUGUGGAAACGAGACUCUCUCUCCUAAAUAUGACUUUCAUGAAGUAUGUGGAUUCCAAUCUCUGUUGCUUCAUACCUGGAAAGGUAAUAGAUGAAAUUUAUCGAGUGCUAAGAUAUGUAAACUCUACAAGAGCUCCUCAGAGAGCUCAUGAAGUUCUUCAAGAACUAAGGGACAUUUCCUCCAUGGCUAUGGAAUAUUUUGAUGAGAAGAUUGUUCCAAUACUGAAAAGAAAGAUGCCUGGGUCAGAUGUAUCGGGACGUCUAAUAGGAACUGCCCCAGGAACUUUAUUAGAAUCAACAGUUCCAAGCUCAGAUUCCAGUAUGGUUUUAGUGCUUAGGAGGAGUGAUUCUAAAGAAGCAUGGAAAAUAAAUUCCUUUCUUCUAAAAUUUCCAGGGCCUUCUGCAGCACUGACAACAAUGCAGCUGUUCUCCAAGCAGAGCCCUUCCAGGCAGGAAGUCACCAAGCUGCAGCAGCAGGUGAAAGCCAAUGGCACGGGCCUGACAGCGCUAAAGCGGGAGAUCUCGGAGCUGCGCGUCAAAGUGCAGGAGCAGCAGAAGCAGCUCCAGGAUCAAGACCAGAAACUGCUUGAGCAAACCCAAAUCAUUGGGGAACAGAACGCCCGCUUGGCCGAGCUGGAGCGCAAGCUGCGAGAGGUGAUGGAGAGCACAGUAGGGAAUUCUUCAGGUUCCGGCUCAAAUGAACAAUCUCCCAGGAAACGGAGGAAGGCGGUGGAUUCCACAGACUGUCCUAGGAAAUCUAAACGCCUUCGGAACAGAAAAUAACUGGGGAGGAAAUGGCGCCUUCAGGAGGAUACACUGCUCUAGUAGCCCAAGCAGGCCUGCUUGUUUGGAUACUGUGACCAGCUUCAUGGUGUCACUUAGGCUGCUGGCUCUUCAAAACACCACUUAGACUUGAACAGUGAUUUUCUUUCAUUGACUUUUCCCCUGCUUUCUAUAUGGGUGGGCCUAAUGCACAGAAUCUUUAAGAUUUGCAAUAGCUACAUACUAACCAGACCUGCUCUGUUAUGUUUUGAAGGGUUAACCUUUUUUUUCCGUGCAGAUGUGUUUUAAAGUAAACUUAUUUGUGUUUAUGCAUAUGUUCACAUGAAAUCUUAAAUAAAUUGUCUUAACUGACUAAAUGGUUAAGAGUAAAAACAGAUGUCCUGUUCACUUGAAGGAAAGAUCCGCUUUUAAAACCUUGUUUUACUUGACCUUUUUUGUUACAAGUGACCUUGUCUGGAAUGUCUGAAAAGUACUUAAUACUUUUUGGGGUUCUCUGUAAUGAGUAAAACUGACUUCUUAAGCUACAGUAUUGGCUAUAUAUUUUUGUAAACUUCCAUGGAAGGGCCUUCUAUCCAGUCUUCAUAUGCACACACCCUGGUUCUAGGUCUUGGGAGCCAUAUUCUACAUUUGCAUGAAUAGAUGCAUGUACAGCUUAGUCAGCCUGCCAAAAGCACUUGCCUUGAAACUGUUCCAAACUCUGUGAGAGAGCACAGAGACCUGUCAAGCAAUUCCUUUGUUCCUCAGCCAUAACUCAGUCUCUGCUUUCAGCACAGUGGCUUCCUUGCAGUGAGGUGGAGGGAGGUGAGCAGCAGGAGCAUUUAAGCCUGGGCUGUGUGGCUGCCACUCGCCCUGCCUGGAAGGCAGGGAUUUAUUGUUAGCCAAAGCUGGAGAGACUGCCUGUGCGUCACUUGGGUCAUGGGCCAACACCGAACACCUACAAACUGUCCCUGGAGUCACCAAGCUCUGGGGACAUCAUUUGAGUGAAAUGCUGUAUUAUGGUAAAACUUAAACUAUUUUAUGUGUCUGUGUUGGGGUUGGGGUGGAAAUUUCUCUGUAACACUGAUGACAAUAUUCUAAGCUUUCCUUAUCAUAAAAGGUAAAUCACUUCAGACAGAGCUUUAAUUUCAUUUGCACUUCUGUUUUGAGCUUGUAACUGGAAAAGCAUGUCUUGCACUGUUCAGUCUCUCUGGUCACUUUAACCACCUCAGAGUUGUGUACAGUGAUUAUUUCCCCCCUACCAUCUGUAUAUUUUUGGAACCUUUUACAAAUACCAUUGUCCUUGGUUUUGUUUUAAUGUACUAAACUAUGUAGCUUUAUAAUUUGACUUAUGUUUUCUUUUUUUAACCAGCUGCUGCUUUGUCUUUAGGUAGUUCUGAAUUCAACUUGGUAUGGCACUGAAAAUGCAAAUGCUGCAUUUGUAGCUGUUCAUAAUCUUGAUAUUACUGCUGUGGGUUAAAGUGCAAGUUCAUUUUGUAUGGCUGUCUGCAUAACCUAGUGGCUGUAUUUAAAACACCCAACAAAUCAGAAGUUGUCUGGUCAGAUAUUAUAUAAUUGUGGCAAACUGACAUUUUUCCUGAAACUUCAGCUGCAAUUUUUACUCCUAUAACACAGUAGCUUGUACCAGAAGUAACAUUACAUAUUUGACAGACAUUUAGCUUUCAAAUAAACUUCUCGAGUAGUUUGA